AGUUGCUCUAAUAUCUAUACAUCACCAUUAUCAUCAUGUAUUUCCCCCAAAUAUCUAGCCACCACCACUGACCGCCGGCUACCUACUGCCGCCGCCCCUCAGCCACCGGAAAACACCACCAGCGGCGCUCCACCACUCAUCCACACCCAACCGUCGCCUUUUUUUCUCUAUCUAGGAACCGUAAAAACGGAUCUCCACUUGCUUUCUUUGCACAGCCGUGACACACCACCGUUGUGACAGCCUCCGAACGCCGGAGAACAACCAGCAGCGCCGACCACCACAGGAUCUUUUUCCGGUCACCACCCAUCCACCCUCUAAAACCCCAUCUUCUUGGGAAAUGAUCAUUUUUCAAUAAUAAAAUUCGUGGGUAUAGAUCUCAGUCAACAUAUAAUCUCGUUCUCUAUCCUUUUCAUCCCAAUUCAUCACAUAUUGAAGAAAUUGUUUUAAAGCAAAAUAGGAUGGGAUCCGGCGAAGUUUUGAAAGCUGUGAAGGUUUAUAGAGAACUAUUGAAAGCAGUGAAGAAACACAUUGGGAAAGAAGAACAUAAAAUGCAUUUCAGAGAUUUCAUAAAGUCAGAGUUUAGGAAAUGUGGUGACGGGUUAGAAACAUCGUUAGUCCAGCAGAAAAUACAACUUGCCCAUGAUUAUACUUGCCUUUUGAAUAGUGUCCAUCAUCACCAGGAUUUGCUAUUUUCUUACAAUAUUGCAGUAGAUAGAACAGAGGAAAUGAAGAAAGUACUUGGAAAGUCUGCUGCAAGUGUGGGUCUCCAGCUUCCUGAGGUUUAUCAGGCUUGAAAUUUGAGAAUGAAGAUAGUAUGGUUUGAAUGUUUUGGAAGCACGAGCAAUGAUGAUGAAGCUCAAAUACAUUAUAAUGCUGCCAAUAACCACCCUUUGCAUGUUAGUGGGAGUACGUAUUGCAGUCAUGAAGCUACUUUGAUGUCAUGAACUGAAGAUUUUUUAUUCUCUUUUUUAUAUGCCAUCUACAAAUUUCCUCCAUUAACGAAAUUUACAUUACUAAUAGGAGGUGUUAGCCUUGGGAUCUUGAAACUCAAGUUACAAAAUGUUUUGGAUGUUUGCAAUUUAAUUUGUUCAAUCGCUCUUCUAUUUAUCUUGCGUGAUUGACACUA